CUUCAGCUCUGUCUCUGUCUGCCUCUGUUCCUUGUUUGGGAAGCUAGUGGGAGGAGAAGAGCUGAAGGGUCUAUAUAACCUCAGAGCUUUCAGACAGAGUGCACCAUACCAGAGCAGCUAUCCCCAGCCAAGCGCUGUCAGGGGCUGUCUUCUGUCUGGAGGGCCUGAGGACAUUGACGUAGAAGAUGUGUGAGGAAGAGGACAGUACUGCCCUUGUUUGUGACAAUGGGUCAGGGCUCUGUAAAGCCGGCUUCGCUGGGGAUGAUGCUCCAAGAGCAGUUUUCCCUUCCAUUGUGGGUCGUCCCAGGCACCAGGGUGUGAUGGUUGGUAUGGGUCAAAAAGACAGCUACGUAGGUGAUGAGGCUCAAAGCAAGAGAGGAAUCCUGACCUUGAAAUACCCCAUAGAACACGGCAUCAUCACAAACUGGGAUGACAUGGAGAAGAUCUGGCAUCACUCUUUCUAUAAUGAGCUCCGUGUUGCACCUGAAGAGCACCCGACUCUGCUGACUGAAGCACCACUGAAUCCCAAAGCUAACCGAGAGAAAAUGACCCAGAUUAUGUUUGAGACUUUCAAUGUUCCAGCCAUGUACGUAGCUAUUCAAGCCGUACUGUCCCUCUACGCUUCUGGACGUACCACAGGGAUUGUGCUUGACUCUGGGGAUGGUGUCACCCACAACGUGCCAAUUUAUGAGGGCUAUGCCUUGCCGCAUGCCAUCAUGCGCCUGGACCUGGCUGGCCGUGACCUGACAGACUACCUCAUGAAAAUCCUGACGGAACGUGGCUACUCCUUUGUGACCACUGCGGAGCGUGAAAUUGUCCGUGACAUCAAGGAGAAACUGUGUUAUGUGGCCCUGGACUUUGAAAAUGAGAUGGCCACUGCUGCCUCUUCUUCCUCUCUGGAAAAAAGCUAUGAACUUCCUGAUGGCCAGGUGAUCACCAUUGGAAACGAACGCUUCCGCUGCCCAGAGACCCUCUUCCAGCCUUCCUUCAUUGGCAUGGAGUCUGCUGGCAUUCAUGAAACCACUUACAACAGCAUCAUGAAGUGUGACAUAGACAUCAGAAAGGAUCUUUAUGCCAACAACGUACUGUCUGGAGGCACUACAAUGUACCCGGGUAUUGCAGACAGGAUGCAGAAGGAAAUAACUGCUCUGGCUCCUAGCACUAUGAAGAUCAAGAUCAUUGCUCCUCCUGAACGUAAGUACUCCGUCUGGAUUGGAGGCUCUAUUCUUGCCUCCUUGUCUACUUUCCAGCAGAUGUGGAUCAGCAAACAGGAAUAUGAUGAAGCUGGGCCAUCCAUUGUUCACCGCAAAUGCUUUUAAAUUGCUUUAUCUUUAUAUGCCUCCCCAGUGUAUAACUGUGAAUGUAUUCAGGAAAAUACAUUCUUAUAAUUUCAUUCCAUAAAUCCUUCAUCGUAAUUACUUUAAUUAAUUGGGUACUGUAUUUUUUUUUAAUAAAUUUUAAAUAUACUAUGAAAUUGCUGCUCCUAUUUAAAAUAAAAUAAAAUAAAAUAAAAUGCAUGUGUGGAGGUACCAUUACAGCUGGGUUGAAGCUCCAUCUUGUGACGCCAAUUUGCUACUACACUAUAUUGGGCUUAGAGGUACCUUUCAGUCGAUAUCAAUGCUAGAAAAUGCUCAGCUAUCAGGCUGCACAUUGUCAAAGUUUAGCCUCUGAAAGCAUUUUAUUCUUCAAACAGAACCAGUUUCAAUUUUUCCAAAGUUCUGGGCAGUACCAAAGGAGCAUAGCAUGUGUUCAAUAUCAGGAUGAGCAUCUGCAUUCUGCCUUGCAUCUGCUCUAUCCACAAAUAUUAUCUAUACACACCACUUCUUAACUCACAGCUGUCACGCUGGAAACGCUAAUUUCUCACAGUUUGUGCCCCAGAGGUGUACGAUGUGUACUACAACAAUUCUGUGUGUUUUCUUUAAAGAAUCUGUUCAUUUGGGAGGACAUCUAAACACUAAUAUUAGAUUGAACAUGUGACUUCCCUAUCACAUGCCCUCAGGAUGGGGGCAGCCUGUUAUUUUUAUGUUGUGAUUUCUGGCAAGUUCUAAAGGGUAAUUAAGCUGGCUUAAUACACUUUCUCUUCAAAACUGGGUUGUUUUUAUGGGGGCGGGGGGUGUAAUGUAAGUAGAUAAUUUAGACAGUUUUCUCUUUCUGUGAUUUUUUUUCUGAUUCCAUUUGUAGUCUUAAAUACAUAAAAACUGAUAUUCAACUAGAAGUAUACGCAUAGCAGCUGAUGCUAGUGAUACUGUCUUAAAAGUAUAUACAUGAAAAAAAGAAUUCACUGAGACAUCUGGAAAAGGUCAGUUCUAAGGAACUUGCUGCAAUCUGUAUGCAUUAGAGUUCAGGAUAAAGGAUGCUAUUUAUUUUUGUUACCUAUUUUCCUGUCUAAACUCAAUAGUUUACCUCACUCCUCUGUUAUGUGUUAUCUUUCAAACUGUAAGCUUUUUGCAAGAGCACCUUUUAUUUACCAUGUCUGCAUAACCCCUGGGUUCCAGAUCUUGUCCAGCUUCUGACUGUUAGCACAUGUUCUGAACUUUUUUAUACUAACCUUGCUAUUCAAAGUACAGCCCAUCUAGGUUCUUGGAACAGACACUAAAUAAACUCUUGUAAGAGCAAAUAA